AUGACAGCAGAUGAAAGGAAAUUAUUUGACCAUCUCAAAUCUCCUCAUCUGAAAUACUGGGUUCCAUUCAUCUGGUUUGGAAAUCUUGCAACGAAAGCCCGAAAUGAAGGAAGAAUCAGAGACAGUGUUGAUCUGCAAUCACUGAUGACUGAAAUGAAUCGAUACCGCUCUUGGUGCAGUCUCCUAUUUGGUUAUGACUGGGUUGGGAUUCCACUUGUUUAUACUCAGGUGGCCGAGCAGCUUAUCAACCCUUUUGGAGAAGAUGAUGAUGAUUUUGAAACGAACUGGUGCAUUGAUAGAAAUCUGCAGGUCUCUCUUUUAGCUGUGGAUGAAAUGCACAUGAGCUUACCCAAGAUGAAGAAGGACAUUUACUGGGACGAUUCUGCUGCUCGACCACCGUACACACUGGCAGCUGCCGACUACUGCAUACCCUCAUUCCUGGGGUCAACAAUCCAAAUGGGGCUGUCUGAGUCCAACUUUCCUGGUGAGGAGUGGCUGUGGGAUUAUGAGAAGCAUGGCCAUCGGCAUUCUGUGAUAAGAAGAGUCAAGCGGUUCCUGAGUACCCAUGAACACCCCACCAGCCCCAGGAGGAGAAGUUUUGGGCGGCAGACCAGUGACAGCUCCAUGUUGUUCCCCAGAGCUGACCUCAGCCCAACUAAAGAUCUGUUGGAAGUGCCUUCACGGAAACCUCACAGAGCCUCACUCACGCAGAAGCAAUCCCACCCCCUGGAAGGGAGCCCCAAGCUAUUUUCCAGCAUGGGAGAACUGUCCACACUCAGGGAGACCAGCCGGACAAGCACUUUACAGAGCCUGACCCCACAGUCCAGUGUAAGGGCUUCCCCCAUCAAAAUGCCUCAGGUCCCCGAGGUAUUGAUCACAGCGGCCGAAGCACCAGUGCCCACGUCAGAUGGCCACCACCACGACUCCACCAGCUCCAUAUUGAGCUCUGACUUUACGGGGGUUCAGCCAAUCAGGACCGAGCAGCAGGAGGACAUGGUGGAACUGAUCCUGUCCCCCUCAAAGGAGGGAACUCCACCUAGGAGCUCCAGCCCCCAGACUAUUUCAGCCAACGCUGAGAGGAACAUACCGAAGUUUGAGGAAGACCCUUUUGAUAAUAAUGAGUUCCCCAAAAGGUGGAGCCUCCCUGAGUUCCUGGAGCCCAGCCACACCUCCACAGGCAACCUAAGUCCUGAUCCUGUGAGCUCUGAGCCGGCUCUUUUAAUUGACACAGAAGCAUCCUCUGAGACCAGUGGAAUCAGCUUUGUAGCCGGCUCACGCGUCUCACCGGAUAUACUGUAUUUAAUGGAAAACCUGGACACCAAGGAAACAGACAUUGUAGAGUUUAACAACGAGCAAACAGAGGAAUCACCCAAAGGAAUGGCCCAGAGUUCUAGGACCGGGUUCUAG